CACUUCAGCAAUGUAACAUGUUGCCUCGUCGCAGCUACAGCGCUGAGCGGUGAGCAGAGGCUGCCUGCCUUCUGUCUAACUGACUGAAAAUAAAGAACAAACACAGAAGAGAAGAAAGAGAUAGGGAACUGCAGCUUCAUUUCCUCUCUCCAGUGCCUGGCCACCUUCUCUGAGAGGAGGAAGAGAAGGAGGAGGGCUGGUUUCACAUUGUCCUGACUCAGUGUGUCACCUCACGCAGAAGGAGCAGCAAAGGGUGCAAGGGAAACCAGAAGAGCUCAAAAGUCUCGCUCAGUAGUCCAUCCCUUACUCACUUCUAACCAAACUUUUCUAAAACAAGAAGAGGAAGAAGAGGUGGAAUUUGAGGGUGAAGAGGAAGGGGAGUGAAAGCAUACCUAGCCUUGGUCACUUCUCUGUGCAUGUGUUUUGGUCAGUAAGAAAGCAGGACCAUCCUACCAGAGGCAGAUCCUCAUGUGGCAGGAGGCUCUGCGGACACGUGGACGCUACCUGCUAGAGAAGAGUGAUGGAGGCGAGGGAGCUGAGGGGCCCGAGAGCCUGGGAGAGGGGUGUCCUGGGUUCCAGGGUGAGGUGUGCGUGGAGGGUGAGAAGCCCCAGGACUGGCUAUACGAGUCGUACUACCGAAUGAGCCAGCAGCAUCCGCUGAUCGUGUUCCUACUGCUGAUCGUCAUGGGAACCUGCCUCGCACUGCUGACGGUGUUCUUCGCUUCAGGACUGAAGACAGAUGAUCACUUGACGUUCCUUAUCACGGUGCCUGCCGCUCUCUUCCUCUUCCUCUCCAUCUUCAUCCUCGUCUGCAUUGAGUCGGUCUUCAAGCGGCUGCUCCGCCUCUUUUCUCUCCUUAUAUGGGCCUGUCUGGUCACCAUGGGUUACAUGUUCAUGUUCUCAGGAGGGAUACUCAGUCCGUGGGACCAGGUGUCCUUCUUCCUCUUCAUUGUGUUUGUUGUCUACACCAUGCUGCCCUUCUCCAUGAGAGGAGCCAUUAUUGCUAGUGCCAUCACCUGCAUCUCACACACGGUCACCCUCAGCAUCUGUCUGGCCAACACUGUCACAGAACUGGAGCCUCUAGUCUGGCAGAUUUUAGCCAAUGUGAUCAUCUUCACUUGUGGUAACCUGGCCGGAGCCUACCACAAGCAUCUGAUGGACCUGGCUCUCAAGCAGACCUAUCAAGACACCUGCAACUGCAUCAAAUCACCCAUCAAACUGGAGUUUGAGAAGCACCAGCAGGAGCGAUUACUGUUAUCCCUACUGCCAGCUCAUAUAGCCAGAGUGAUGAAAGCCGAGAUCAUCCAGAGGCUGCAGGGACCGAACUUUGGUCGAACUGAGAGCACCAACAACUUUCACAACCUCUAUGUGCAGCGACACACCAAUGUCAGCAUUUUGUACGCAGACAUUGUGGGCUUCACCAGGCUGGCCAGUGACUGCUCUCCGGGUGAACUUGUGCAUAUGCUGAAUGAGCUCUUUGGCAAAUUUGACCAGAUUGCAAAGGAAAAUGAGUGUAUGCGAAUCAAGAUCCUGGGCGAUUGUUACUACUGUGUGUCUGGUCUGCCUGAGUCUCUGCCUCACCAUGCCAGAAACUGCGUAAAGAUGGGCUUGGAUAUGUGUGAGGCCAUCAAGAAGGUCCGAGAUGCCACAGGAGUUGACAUCAACAUGCGUGUUGGUGUUCAUUCUGGGAAUGUUCUGUGUGGUGUGAUCGGCCUCCAGAAGUGGCAGUAUGAUGUGUGGUCACAUGAUGUAACCCUAGCCAAUCACAUGGAGGCAGGAGGUGUGCCAGGGAGAGUCCACAUCUCUUCAGUGACGCUGGAACAUUUGAAGGGCUCCUACAAAGUGGAGCCUGGUGAUGGACAGAGUCGUGACCUGUACCUGAAAGAACAUGGGGUGGUCACCUACCUGGUCAUCAACCCCAAGACUGAGAGGCACAGCCCUUUGCUGAGUGUGCGAUCUCGUCCCUCUGUGGAUGAGGAUGAGAAGAUGAGGGCAUCUGUCAGAAUGACCCGAUACCUGGAAUCCUGGGGAGCAGCCAAACCCUUUGCCAACCUCCACCAUCGAGACAGCAUGACAAGAGACAAUGGCAAGAUCAACACUACUGACGUUCCAAUGGGGCAGUACCACUUUCAGAGACGAGAAAGGUCCAAAUCUCAGAGGAAGAGGUUUGAGGAGGAACUCAAUGAGCGAAUGAUUCGCACCAUCGAUGGCAUCAACUCACAGAAACAGUGGCUCAAGUCUGAGGACAUCCAGAGGAUCUCAUUGUUCUUUCAUAACAAGGCUCUGGAGAAAGAGUACAGAUCCACAACAUUGCCAGCCUUCAAGUACUAUGUCACCUGCGCCUGCCUCAUAUUCUGCUGUAUAUUCAUUGUGCAAUUCCUCGUCUUGCCCAAAACUGGUGUGCUGGGGAUCUCCUUUAGCCUGGCAUUCUUGCUGUUGGCUUUGAUCCUGCUCCUUUGCUUUGCUGGUCACAUUCUGCAGGGACAUAAGGGGUCCUUUUGCUCUCUAACCUGGUUCCCCACUUCCUCUCGCAUCAUCGUCACCAAUAACCCCUGGCUACGAUUGGUUAUCACCAUGACAACCACUGCUCUCAUACUGGUGAUGGCCAUCUUUAAUAUGUUCUUUGUGGAGGAUCCUGGAGGAUCAAUGGAAGACAACCUGACAACUGCUCCACCUGGAAAUCUAACUAAUGCCAGUCUGGGGGACAGCCUGGAGAAAAACGCAGGAGAGAACAAGUUUUAUCUACCAUACUUCAUCUACUGCUGUAUCCUGGGCCUGGUGUCAUGCUCUGUGUUCCUGAGGAUCAACUAUGAGCUGAAGAUGGUGGUGAUGCUUGUUGCCUUGGUGAUCUACAACAUCAUCAUCCUCCAGACACACGCCUCUCUGCUGGAUGGAUUUAGCAAAGCACCGUAUCCUACCGAUAACCUGGAUAGACCAGGAGUCCUGAAGGAUCUAAAGACGAUGGGCUCUGUGUCUCUUUUCAUCUUCUUCAUCACCCUACUGGUAUUAGCCAGGCAGAAUGAAUAUUACUGUAGGUUGGACUUCCUGUGGAGGGACAAGUUCAAGAGAGAGUGUGAGGAGAUCGAAACCAUGGAGAACCUCAACCGGGUUCUGCUGGAGAAUGUUUUACCGGCCCACGUCGCCGAACACUUCCUGGGACGCAACUGGAAAAAUGAGGAUCUUUAUCAUCAGUCAUACGACUCGGUGUGUGUGAUGUUUGCCUCCAUCCCAGACUUCAAAGAGUUUUACACCGAGUCUGAUGUCAAUAAGGAAGGACUGGAGUGCCUCCGUCUUCUCAAUGAGAUCAUUGCAGACUUUGAUGAGCUGCUGUCCAAACUUAAGUUCAGCGGAGUGGAGAAGAUAAAGACCAUUGGUAGCACCUACAUGGCUGCAACUGGGCUAAAUGUGACACCGGGACCAGAGUCUGCACAGGAACAUGACAGACAAUACAUGCAUAUAGGCACAAUGGUGGAGUUUGCUUUUGCUCUUGUUGGAAAGCUGGAUGUCAUAAACAAACACUCCUUCAAUGACUUCAAACUCAGAAUUGGGAUAAAUCAUGGGCCAGUGAUUGCAGGGGUUAUUGGCGCCCACAAACCUCAGUAUGACAUCUGGGGAAACAGUGUGAAUGUGGCCAGUAGGAUGGAGACCACUGGGGUGCUGGGCAAAAUACAGGUAACAGAGGAGACGAGUCAUAUCUUAUCAACACUAGGGUACAUGUGUUCAUGUCGUGGAAUUAUCAAUGUGAAGGGAAAAGGAGAGCUGAAGACCUACUUUGUUCACACAGAGAUGUCCCGAUCUCUGUCACAAGGGACUGUGAUGCCUUGAGUACCACACACUAACUUAACAAGUAGACUUGAGAAAACAAAAACACAUAAGUGGCCAUAGAAGUGAUUUGUUAUGCUCCAUAACUAAAACCCAUUACUAGCAGCCAGCAGUUCAAUGCAUAGACAAAUGUCGAGAAACACUUCUGUCCUUAGCAACACAAUGUAGAGCAGGAAGGAGCUGCAUUGCCACAGUCCUUUAAUGCUGCACUUCUGAUGUUUUCACAUCUCAAGUGUAACAUGGUCUUCGCUCCGAGGAGCCUCCUCACUGUCUAAAGCAAUGCCUGACUAAAGAGAGGUACUAAAUUAGUGCAGCUCUCAAGGAACACAUUCACCGUCUGUAUAAUAGUAGUGGUGUGGAGCUAAUUACCCAUGCCAGCAUUGCAGUGCUUAGAGCCUUCUACAUGAGCAAACUGAGCUGUCUGCUGUGUGUGUGUUUUUUUUAUCUGCCUGGUUGGCAGUGUGAGCCAGUUUGUUCCACUUUAUUCCAAAUGGAUGCUCAGUAGUUUAUUGUCAUAUAGAGCAGCUGAUGCCAACAAAUUGCCAUUGUGAUGGGGUAGUUUGCCAAAACCUGUUACUUGUAUUUAUAGCUUUAUAUCUGCAGUUGUAUCUCACUGAAGAGUACACAGAAUUCCAGAGGACAGCAGAGGUUUCUUUUUUUUUAUAGUCCACGGAAACCACACUAACAGCAACAUGUGUAAAUGUUCACUGCCAUCCUUUU